GGGAACCUCCACCCUCCGGGCCUCCAGCUGGCCGGGGUCCGAGGGGUCCGUAGCCUGGGCCCCGGGGGGAAGGUCGCUGGGUCCCGCGUCGCCCGUUGAAAACGACCCGGGGCUGGUGACCCUGGUGUCUCCCGUUCGUCUGCGUUCCCUGGGGACCCGGCCCUGUGCGGAGAGGGAAGGUGCAGGGCUGCCGACCGGAGUACGACGAACCUACGGAAGACCACCCUUGGUCGGGGCUGGCACCGGUUUGGGCCGCGACACUCAAUGGAACCCGCUGUACAUCGCAGUUCGGGGCGCAGCCGGGCGACGGGGGAAGUUUCACGAAGCAGCCCUGGCGCCUCGCGUGCUCUGCGCUCGGUGUUUUCUCAUCUCGUCAGUUCCAUUUUUCCAAAUACUGUUCGUGACCCAAGUCAACGAUUUGGGGAUCCCGGGCUGCGACCUGCAGUUUGAGAAAACAUUGCUCCGCUCAGUGGGUCCCCGCCAGCAUUUGCUUACCAUGAGACGGAAGGGGAAAUAGGGUGCAUCAGACAGUUGGUGUUUUUGGUUAACUAAAGCUCUCUCGGCUGUGCCUGUGCCAAGGUACCGUGUAGAUGCGUGAACAGGAGGUGCAUAAUGAAUCCGAGUAUGAAGCAGAAACAAGAGGGAAGCAGAGAGAAUGUAAAGAAUAGUCCUGUGCCCAGAAGAACGCUGAAGAUGAUUCAGCCUUCUGCAGCUGGGUCCCUUGUUGGAAGAGAAAAUGAGUUGGUUAAAGGCUUGUCCAAAAGGAAACACUGGAACGACCAGUUAACAUCCAAGGCUACCAGCUCUGGAGUUGUUACUGUCCCAGAACACAGUGAAAAUAUAAAUUUUAGUGAAGUUACUCAAGAAGCAUAUGAUCUUAUGAUUGCAGAAAAUCCAUCCUCUCAGUAUUGGAAAGAAGUGGCAGAAAAACGGCGGAAGGCUCUCUACGAAGCGCUGAAGGAGAAUGAGAAACUUCAUAAAGAAAUUGAACGGAAGGACAGUGAAAUCGCCCGCCUGAGGAGGGAGAACGAGGAGCUGGCCGAGGUAGCCCAGCACGUGCAGUACAUGGCGGAGGUGAUGGAGCGACUGCAGGAGGAGCCUCUGGGUAACAUCGAAUCACCAAAUAGUCAGGAGUGUGACUCAGAAGAGGAAACGGGUGAGGACUCGGCUGUGGAAGACCCAGACGUUGUUCCGUGCGCCGAAGAGGCGGUGUCUUCCUCUACAGAUGCCAGGCCCGGUGUGUGAAAGUCACGUGUGCCUGACUCCUGAGAGAUGCGCUGCUGGAGUUUACCUCCACUAGCGUUCUUGGUAGCAGAGCGACGCCUAUACUGCAGAGGGGGAGUCAGACCUCCUUGUUGGAAUCCUGGGACCCCCGUUGUAUUAAAAUACAAAUACUAUGUAUUUUUAAUCUAUGAUGUUUUAUGUAAAUAGCAUUUUCUCAGUGGUCAGACAUGACUUGUGUGUAUGAUAAAUAAACUUCAGUCCCUUGCUGAGCAUUGUGCGUAUCUUGGAGGAAUGAAGUACAACCAGGCUAUAAAAA